UUUUCUUGAAAAUAAAUGAUCCAUUCCUAUCCUGCUUGACACGUCAUGGCAUUGAAUGAGCUAAAGGAGCUCCCACAGGAAAAAGAAAAAGAAAAAAAAGAACAGCAGCAGCUACGGGUACUGUGAUUUAAGAUGGAAAUGAUUGACAUUUAUGACAACCUUAGCACAACAAAGCAAGGAAGUUGUUUUAUUUUUUGAAGUUGUUAAAGUCGUCCCAACUUCAAUUACUGAUUUAGAUUCCAAAAAUACGAGUUGUGUUUUUUUUCGGUGCACAUGUGACUUUGGAGGGGAAAAAGCAGGUUACAGACCGCUGCUAUAGACAAACAAACACCUGCCUCCAUUUGAGAGUCUUCAGCUUAUCCGCAAUACAUCAUUUUGAAAUGUGGGAGUCAGCCAGAGUGUCUAUCACUUUUUACCUUCCACAGUGCCUCCUCCAGGUACAUCCUGCACAAGCCUGUCAAGUAGCCACAAUCACUUUGUAACAAAUUGCUCAAGGUCACCACCGCAGUGUUCCGGAUGUAAGUGUGUUAGAAAACAAACACUUUAAGGGCUAUGAUGACUAAUGUGUGCAGACACACUUUACAGACUUUGAUAUAAGGAGAGAGGUGGGUGUGGGGGGUGGGAGGAGGCUGCAUGGUCUCACCAGAGGACCUCUCAGACUCUAAUGAGGGUUUGAGCGGCGCCCGACGGACGGACGGACGGACGAACAGACUCCAUCGAAGGACAACGCAACCUCCUGACCGCAGCUGGGGAGAGACUCGGUGGAUGUGAAAUGAUGUGGCAUGAGCUCCGUAGCCGUCAGUUCUGGCAAGCCAUGAUGGCGGAGCUGAUCGGCACGCUGGUGCUGGUGAGCGCUGUGCUGGGUGCUUCCGUACCGGACCGUGACGAGACCCCGGUGGGACCCUUGUACCCAGCAGUGGCAGUCGGCGCGGUGAUUGUCGUACUGGGACACUGUUUUGGGGAAAUAAGCGGAGCACAGGUCAACCCUGCAGUGACUUUAUCGCUCCUGGCCACACGAAGGCUGGAUGUCCUAAGGGCUCUCAUUUAUAUUGCCGCCCAGUGUUUGGGGGCUUUAUUGGGGGCCGGGGCCCUCUACUUGGCUUUGCCGCGCAAAAGCACUGCAGGCUACUUUGUCACCCGGGUGCACGAUGAGUUGAAUGCAGCACAGGCCCUUGGCAUCGAGGUCUUAUGCACCUUCCAGUUGGUUUUCACCGUUUUCUCAGUUGAGGCCCAGCGACGAAGGGAAAGCCCAGAACCAGGAAAUUUGGCUAUUGGACUGGCACACACUGCAGGGGUCAUGAUAGGGGCUCGGUUCUCUGGUGCCAGUAUGAACCCUGCUCGCUCUCUUGGUCCGGCCAUCAUCAUGGGAUUUUGGGAAAACCAUUGGGUGUAUUGGAUCGGACCGGUCAUCGGAGCAGUACUGGCCGGUGUGUCCCAUGAAUUCCUCUUUGCACAAAGCGCCUCUCGCCAGAAGCUGGUUGCGUGUAUGAUGUGCAAAGACAUUGAAAUCGUGGAGACGACCAGCAUGACUGGCUCGUCCCUGUCUACCGUCACUCAGAAUGCUGCCAGAGCCAAACAGGCCCACAAACAAGACAACUAAAGUGUGAAAAUGCAAAUCAGUGCGAUCACAUCUGAAUGUGAUGUCUCAUAUUUGCAUCGACCGAGACCACGUUGUUAUAUUUUCUGCUGUCACAUUUGCAAAUCAUUAGACGACACAAUGAAGGCUCAUCAAAGCCUUCCCGCAAACAACCCCACGCUUGUUGUUGUUGUUGUUGUUGUGUUGCAUCCUGAGGCCAGGAAGGCUUUGAAAUGCUAAACAACUCUUAGAUUCUGCCUAUUAGUAUGUGUUUCUUCUGCCAGCCUUUUUGUCCACAAUCAAACAAAUUUUAGCGUGGUGGGGGGUCAUAUUCAGUGGCAAUCUACUUUGUUAUUGGAAAUUGACACUAUUUUGUGUGUUUGGGCAUGUGUACCAGAAAUACGGGGCACUGUGAAUAUAUUUAUCUGAGUGACUACAUUUUGUAAGCAAACCGUUUCAAACAGGUUUCAUGUCCAUUGAGUUCAACAUUAAAAUAUUUGAUAGUCGUCUUUACAUUACAUUUACGUUACCGUAAUUUUCGGACUAUAA